AAACGAUUUCGUUCCGGCAUUCGACAGACGGGAGGAAGCGAAACUCCUUUUUCCUCCUUUAAAAAAAACUCACCACAUUUCUUUCAAUAUCUGCUGUUUUCUCUGCUAACAGACGAAGCAACAAACUCUACAGUAACCAGCAUUUUUAUGAGUCAGAAGGCCCCAAAACCCAUAUUGUCAGGCCAGCGGCUGAAGACUAGAAAGAGGGAUGAAAAAGAAAAAUACGAUCCUUCAUCGUUUCGUGAUGCCAUUAUUUUAGGCCUGAAUGAGUGUUCAAAUGAUUUAGAGCAGGUUAUUAAGUAUCUUGAUACUGCUGGUUCACGUCUUGAUUACCGUCGUUAUGCUGAGGUGCUGUUUGAUAUCUUAUUUACUGGAGGACAAUUAGCACCUGGUGGGUUAAUUGUUCAAGACACUGAUCCAACUAAACCCUCUCGAGCUGAUAUAUGUGUCUUUACUGCCGAAAAGAAUGUAGAAACAUUAAAGGCAUUUUAUGAAGUGUUCUUCAAGCUAAUUAGACGGUACAAGUACCUUGAAAGAUCUUUUGAAGAUGAGUUGCAAAAAAUUCUCAUUUACCUCAAAGCUUACAGUGAGGAAGAGCGCUGUAAGUUGGCUAUCAUCACAGGGCUGUUCUUGGCAAAUGGCCUGUGCUCAGCAAAAAUUCUCUCAAGCCUCUUUGAACAACAUGUUGUUAAAGAAGGUUUAUCAUUGGAAUUUUCCACUAUCAUGUUCCGAACAUGGUUGAAUGAAAAAGAUAUUAAUAGUGUGAGUGCCGCUAUGAAACGUUCUCAAAUUGAAAACCGCCUUUUGGAACUAUUUCCAAUAAAUAAACGCAGUCAGGAGGCUUUUCUCAAUCAUUUCCAAGAAGCUGGUCUUGGACCAGUUGCUAAUUUACAACGUGUCCAACAAUCAGCCGAAGUAAAGAAAGAGUUACAGAAGGACUUGACAAGAAUGAUCAAUGAUAAUGAACCCAUAAAAGAGAUAAUUGCUCAUUUAAAAGAAUACAUGGCUAAGCACAAGCUCUCUGAUCAUGAAAUGGUUGUCUUGGUUUGGAAUACAGUAAUGGGAACUGUUGAAUGGAACAAAAAGGAAGAACUCGUAGCAGAGCAAGCUCUCAAGCAUUUGCGUAAUUACUGUCUUCUGUUUACUGCUGUAGCAAAAACUGAAAAAUCGGAGCUCAACCUCAUGGUGAGAAUCCAAGAAUACUGCUACGACAAUAUCAAUUUUAUGAAGGUGUUUCAAAAAAUUAUAAUACUCUUUUAUAAAUCUGAGGUCCUGUCUGAAGAUGUGGUCCUAAAGUGGUAUCGUGAUAGCCCUUCUUCAAAAGGAAAAGGUAUCUUUGUUAGCCAAAUGAAGAAAUUUGUGGAAUGGCUAAAGAGUGCUGAAGAAGAAUCUGAUUAGUCUGGGACAGUUACCAAGUACUUAUUGUUCAGCGACAUGGUCCCUCUACUAUUAAAAUUGUUAACAGACUGAUACUGCCAAAGAUUUUUACUUAUUCCUACAGCAUAUAAAGCCCAGAAGAAAUAACUAUUUUGGAUUUGGACUAAUAGAUAUUUGCGAAACUCCCAGAACCUUUUACACAGGUGUUGAGUUUUGCAAUAAAAGUUAUGAAAUUGCCAACAAAGCUUUCACUUUGUCAUUUCACUUACGUUUUCACAAUUUACCAUAAAAGUAAUGUUUUAGUUUUUCAUGUAAAUUUUUUUUCAACUGCUUUUGUGACUGCAUCCCUUCCCUCCUCUUGUCUAUAAUUUCACAUUGAAAUGAUAUCCUUUUUUUCCCCCCUUCUCCUAAUGAGAUACAGGAAGUGAUUACAUGCUGGAACACAUUGAUCUCUGGUUAUCCAGAUUGGUUUGGUAGCAACUUUUUAGAGGGAUAAAUGGUGGACAUUUUUUAACUUGAAAAACAGUUUUUGUAAGUGACAGAACUUCUAAUAAAAGUGUCUAAUGGUAAAUGAAUUUUCCAAA